AUGGCAAACAAAGAGAUAAAAAGAAAAACUACUGAACCAAAAAAAGAAAUAAUAAAAGAAGAUGAUAAAAAGAAAAAAAUAGAUGUUGUAGUAUCAAAAAAUAAAAAACAAAAAGUUGAAUCACCACCAUCUUCUGAAAGCGAAUCAGAAAGUGAAUCAGAGUCAGAAUCAUCAGAAUCAGAAUCAGAAUCAGAAUCAGAAUCAGAAUCAGAAUCAGAAUCAGAAUCAGAAUCAGUUGAAAGUGAAUCCUCAGAAUCUGAAUCUGAAUCAUCAGAAUCUGAACAAUCUGAAAGUGAAUUAGAAAAAAAAAAAGAAAAAGAAAGAAAAGCAUUUGAAAAAUUAUCACCAAAAGAAAAAAUUGAUUAUCAAAAGAAACAAAUUGAAAAAGAAUUUAAAGUACAAGAAAAAGAGAAAAAGAGAGAAAAAGAAAAGAAAUUAUUAAAGCAAGAGAAAAUUAAAAAAGAAUUGGAAGAAAAGAAAUUAAAAUCAAAAAAUUCAGAGAUUUUAAUGUAUUUAGAUACUUGGAAAAAUGAUAAAUCAAGUUGGAAAUUUGAAAAGAAUACUCAAGUUAUUUUAAUUAAAAAUAUUUAUUCAAUAGAUACAUUACCAGAGAAAUAUUUCAAAAUCGCAUUAGAAUAUUUAGCACCACUAAGAGGUUUAAUUAAAGAUAGAACUGUUGAUGAAGCAAAACAAGUUAUUACAAAAUAUAAAACAAGUCAAACUAAAAAGAAAUUACCAAAAUCUAAAACUGAUAGUGAUGAUGAAAGUGAUGAUGAUGAUGAUGAAAUUGAAAAAGAAGAUAAAAUUAAAUUCGAAAGAGCUCAAAGUAUAAUAGAAACUUUAGUUAAAUAA